AUGCCUGCCCUCGUCGACGAAGACACCGCCCCUGGGCGCCUCUUGCUCCUUUCCAACCGACUCCCCAUCACUAUCAAGCGCUCCGAUGAUGGCAGUUAUUCCUUUUCCAUGUCUUCUGGUGGUCUCGUUACCGGCCUCAGCGGUUUGUCAAAAACCACAAGCUUCCAAUGGUACGGCUGGCCAGGCCUCGAGGUUCCUGAGAGUGAGAUUGCCGGCAUGAAGCAGCGUCUCAAGGACGAGUAUAACGCCCAUCCCGUCUUCAUUGAUGAUGAGCUCGCCGACAAGCAUUACAAUGGCUUCUCCAACUCCAUUCUCUGGCCCCUCUUCCACUACCACCCCGGUGAGAUUACAUUCGAUGAGAGCGCAUGGAGCGCCUAUCGCGAAGUCAACCGCCUGUUUGCCAAGGCAGUUGUACAGGACGUACAGGAUGGAGACCUUAUCUGGGUUCACGACUACCAUCUCAUGCUGCUUCCCGAGAUGCUGCGCGAAGAGAUUGGUGACUCCAAGAAGAAUGUCAAGAUCGGCUUUUUCCUACACACGCCCUUCCCUUCUUCAGAAAUCUACCGUAUUCUUCCCGUCCGUGAAGCACUCUUGACUGGCGUUCUCGACUGCGAUCUCAUCGGUUUCCACACCUACGACUAUGCUCGCCACUUUCUGAGCAGUUGCUCUCGUAUUCUUGGAACUCCCACAACUCCCAAUGGCGUUGAUUACAAUGGCAGAUUCGUCACUGUGGGCGCAUUUCCCAUUGGUAUCGACCCCGAGAAGUUCGUUGAGGGUCUCAAGAAACCGAAGGUGCAGGAGCGUAUUGAAGCGCUCAAGCGCAAGUUCAACGGCGUCAAGCUCAUUGUUGGUGUUGACCGUCUUGAUUACAUCAAGGGCGUACCGCAGAAGCUCCAUGCUCUGGAGGUUUUCCUGACAGAGCAUCCUGAAUGGAUUGGUAAGAUCGUCCUCGUCCAAGUUGCCGUUCCGUCGCGCCAGGACGUUGAGGAGUACCAAAACCUCCGUGCUGUUGUCAACGAGCUCGUCGGUCGUAUUAACGGAAAGUUUGGCACCAUCGAAUUUAUGCCCAUCCAUUUCCUCCAUCAGAGUGUCUCUUUCGACGAACUGACCGCUCUGUACGCCGUCUCGGACGUCUGCCUUGUUUCUUCAACGCGUGACGGCAUGAACCUGGUCUCAUACGAGUACAUCGCAACUCAGCGCGAGCGUCACGGUGUCAUGAUUCUGUCCGAGUUCACUGGUGCCGCCCAGUCCCUCAAUGGCUCCCUCAUUGUCAACCCCUGGAACACAGAGGAGCUCGCAAACGCCAUCCACGACGCCGUUACCAUGUCACCCGAGCAGCGCGAGACCAACUACCGCAAGCUUGAGCGUUAUGUCUUCAAGUACACGUCCGCCUGGUGGGGCCAGUCCUUCGUCGCUGAGAUGACCCGCCUCUCCCACGAGACGAUGCAGUCAAAGACGUUGAGAAACAUCAGUGGCAAUGUUGUGGGUCAGGUGAGCAAGGCUCUUCAAGGAGCCGUUGAAGGCGCCCAAAACCUGGCGGGCAAGGGCAAUACCUCUGAGGAGGCGAAGCAGGAGAAGCAAGAAGCGUAA